AUGCCGCCCCGCGCGCCCUCCCCCGCCCCCGCCGCGGGGGCGCGGUCCUCCCCCGCCGCCGCCGCCGCGUCCUCCUCCUCCUCCCGCUCCGACGCGAGCACCAGCGUAGACGACGCGACCUCGCGCCUGCGCGCGUACUGGUCGCGCGAGCUCGCGCGCGGGACCGCGGACGCGCCGCCGAGCGCGCGCGAUCGCGCGGCGGUGCUCGUCCCUCUGUCGCGCGCGCCGAGCGACGGCGCCGUCACCGCGCUCCUGUGCACGCGCUCGAGCGCGCUGUCGUCGCACGCGGGCGAGGUGUGCCUCCCCGGCGGGAAGAACGACGCGUUUGAGACCGACGUCGAGGCGGCGCUGCGGGAGGCGCGCGAGGAGGUGGGUCUGACGCGCGACGACGCCGUCGUGCUCGCGUCGCUGCCGCCGAUGUUGUCCAAGGGACGCGUCUCCGUGCGACCGGUCGUCGCGCGCGUGCGCGACGGGUUCGAGCCGAUCCCGAACGACGACGAAGUCGCGGAGGUAUUCACCGUGCGCCUCGAACGGUUCUUGAGCGGUGGGGACGGGUACGCGUACGACGACUGGGAGUUCACGCCGGGGAGGACGAUUCGCGUGCAUCACUUCGACAGCAUCAAAGACGAGGAGAGCGGCGCGACGCACCACGUCUGGGGGCUCACCGCGGUCGUGCUGAUCCGAACCGCGGAGAUCGCGUUCGGGAGGAGGGCGGCGUUUCCGCUGCGGCCGGACGGGCCGGGGGGGACGGACAUCGCGCUGCUUGCCACGUCGGACGGAGGGAUCAGCGCGUUCGGCGAGAGAGCGGGCGAGGGCGAGCGCGGCGACGGCGACGACGGAGACGGGACGCGGACGCGGACGCCGAGCCGGCUGUGA